AUUUCCAAGCUAAAAGUGGCAACAUUUUUCGGCUCCUGAUCUCUGUAUUGCUUCUUCUGAUUGAGGUGUUUUCUGCCUUUUUCUUACUUUCUUGCGUUUGAGGCUGUGAAGGAAGGAUUUGAGCUGGAAAAAGCAAAAUUCCAAGAAGGGACGUUAUGGCAAAAUAUAUCCGCCAUUUGGACCCUGAAAAAAAAAGUUUCCAGCCAUGGUAAAGACGCGAGAAGCUCUCGCGUCUUUUAACUAAACACGCGUGAAGCUCUCGCGUGUUUAAUUAAACACGCAUCAGGCUAUCGCGUGUAUACGUAACACGCAUCAGGAAAUCGCGUGUUUAGAUAAACACGCAACAUGCUCUCGCAUGUUUCGUUGUACACAAAUUCCAGCCCAGACGGCAGAGACCUCACUUUCCACUCGCGACUUCAGUUCCAGCUCGCUCAUUCUCUCACUCUCAGCGACGGCUAACGUCUCUAGCCAGCGAAAAUCGAAGUGAAUCCGAUAUUUUGAUGCUCUAAUUCCUAUUUGAAGUGGUGUUAGGUUUAAUGGUGUUUGUUAGUUUAUAUUGGGAUGGGAAAAUUAUUCAGCUCUCAGGUUUGGGUGUUGCUUAUGAUCCCCCUCGUGCAAAAUCAUUUAUUAUAUUGAAUGAAAAGAUAUCUUAUUAUCAGCUUGUUUCAAUGAUAUGUGAAAAAAUUGGAAUUGAGUUGGAUGCACAUACGAUUGAUUUAACAUGGAGGCAUCAUGUGGUUUUUAGUGGAGUGGUGAAUUAUAUAGCUACACCAGUGGAUGCUAAUUUGUUGGAGUAUAUGUUUGCUGAAAAUCCACGUCAAAUUGAACUUUUUAUUGAAUAUACUCCGGUUACCACUGCGUUGCAAUUUGAACCACCUAUCACUCAUCAUGAUGUUGGAACGUCUAGGAGAGAUGGUUAUCCUAGUUUUGAUGUCGGGAUAUCUAGGAGGGAUGAUGAAUAUCAUAGCUUUGAAUUCAACACAUCUGAGAGGGAGGUUGAUGAACCAUUAGAUGUACCAAAUAUGACAUGUGAUGGUUCAGAUGGUUCUGAUAAUUGUGAUGGUUCAGAUGGUUCUGAUAAUUGUGAUGGUUCAGAUGGUUCUGAUAAUGGUGAUGGUGCAGAUGGUUCUGAUAAUUGUGAUGGUGUAGAUAAUGUUGAUGGUGCAGAUGGCUCUGAUUGUGAUGGUUCCGAUGGUUCUCAACCAAGUGAUCUUGAUUAUAGUGCAGAAUCAUGUGAAGAUCCUACAGACGACGAGUCACUUGAUAUGAUGGUUGAGAAUUAUGUACAACCAUCUGUUCGUGGGGAGCAAUCUGUUCCCGACUAUGUGCCUGAAGGGUUACCAUUUUUCGAUCAUUACCAUGUGAAGGCAGCCGAUGUUACUUUUCAGAAGACCAUGGAUUGGUUGACGAAGAUAUGUGGUAUUGGGAUGAGGAUAAUCCGAGACAUAUAGAUGUGGGAACAAAAUUUGAUAGCAAAUUGCAGUUGAAAACUGCUAUCACAUUAUGGCAUGUGGGAACAGGUCGGAUGUAUGAGGUUAUGGAUAGUCAUUCAAGAAGAUGGCAUGCAGUAUGUAGGGACCCAUUUGGUCCGAAAAGAAGAGGCAGGGACCUUGGGCAACGCUACCCAUGUAAUUGGGAGGUUAAAGCAACGUUUAAGAAACAUGAUGGUAGCUGGUCGAUCAACUCAUGGGUUGAUCGUCAUUGCUGUAUGGGAGAUCACGAUCCAAGUGAACAUGUUAAUCUUACAUCAUCCAUGAUUGCUCUCUGUAUUCGAAGUCAAAUUGAAAACGAUGCUGAAUUCAAGCCUUCUGCAGUGCUUACAUAUAUCAAAGAUAAAUUUCACGUGAAAAUCAGCUACAAGAAAGCUAUUGAGCUUGUAUAUGGUGGGUGGGAGGGAGUUAUUUCAGAAGAAUGACCGUCGAGGGAGGCGUCAUCAUGUUAGGACUACAAGCAUAGCACGUGGAACUUAUGAUGUGCUAACCUAUCACAGAGGUCCGGGUAGAGGCCAUAAUAUACAUGUUGUGGAUUACCGUAAAAAGAGAUGCUCAUGUGGAAAGUGGCAGACCUGGAGAAUGCCUUGCUCUCACGCUGUAGCGGUGCUGAGAGAACGCAGUGAUGACAUCUUUAGUCAUGUUGAUACAUGAUACCACACAGAUGUUUGGAUUCACCAGUACGCAGCUGCGUUCCGUCCACUGAGACAUCAAGAUUAUUGGUAUGAACCUGAAUGGACACUGGAAUGUUCACCAGCACGGCUACUUCCUCGUUCACGUGGGCGGUACAACAGAAGCAGGAUACACAACCAAAUGGAUGAGCGCGACGAUGAUGCGCCAAGAGCUCCUCCUCGAUGCCGCAUUUGUGGAGAGACCGGCCAUAAUAGAAGAAAGUGCACUUUAGAACGUGUUGUGUAGUUAUAUUAUGUUUGAGACUCGUGAUUGAGGGUUGAAUAUUAUUAUGUGUUUGAACCAAGUUUAAGACUGAAAUGACAUUCUUAAGUAAUAUUGCUUAAAAAA